GGGAAGCCGAUCGGCCAUCAUUUUUUGUGCUUGCCCUACUAUGGCGGCUUUCACAGUUGCGAGGAGCGGUGGUAGAUUUCUGCGGGGGUUAUACGCCUUUAAGGGCCUGGGAACCGGCAGAUAUGGACCCGCCGUUUCGGCGGUCCGCUCGGUCACGCAGCAGCAGAUGCGCUCAUAUUGUGCGGGGCAUCUCUCUGUGCAAGAACGAAUAGAGAAGAAGCGUAGGGCGGCCCUGGUCGGGGGAGGUCAGAAGAGAAUAGAUGCACAACAUCAGAGGGGGAAGCUGACCGCAAGAGAGAGGAUCGAACUGUUACUGGAUCCCGAUUCCUUUGUGGAGUAUGACAUGUUUGUGGAGCACCGAUGUUCAGAUUUUGGGAUGGAAGCCGAUCACAAUAAGUACCCAGGUGACAGUGUCGUGACUGGACAGGGACGGAUUAACGAAAGGCUGGUGUACGUCUUCAGCCAGGACUUCACGGUGUUCGGCGGGAGCCUCUCUGGGGCACACGCUCAGAAGAUCUGUAAGAUCAUGGACCAGGCCAUGUUGGUGGGGGCCCCGGUCAUUGGCCUCAAUGACUCUGGUGGAGCACGAAUCCAAGAAGGGGUGGAGUCACUGGCAGGAUAUGCGGACAUUUUUCUGAGGAACGUAACGGCGUCCGGAGUCAUUCCCCAGAUCUCCCUCAUCAUGGGUCCUUGUGCAGGAGGGGCUGUCUAUUCCCCUGCCUUAACAGAUUUCACAUUCAUGGUGAAGGACACGUCCUACCUCUUCAUCACCGGGCCAGAUGUGGUGAAAUCGGUCACUAAUGAGGAUGUGACUCAGGAGGAGCUGGGAGGAGCUAAGACUCACACCGCUGUGUCUGGCGUUGCCCAUAGAGCCUUUGAGAACGACAUUGAUGCUUUGCUGAACCUCAGAGAUUUUUUCAACUUCCUUCCUCUUAGUAACCAAGACGCAGCUCCUGUAAUGGAGUGUCACGAUCCAAGUGAUAGACUUGUGCCAGGCCUGGACACUGUUGUUCCGUUAGAAUCCACCAAGGCCUAUGAUAUGUUGGACAUUAUUCACGGCAUUGUUGAUGAGCGGGAGUUCUUCGAGAUUAUGCCUAGCUACGCCAAGAACAUCGUGGUGGGCUUCGCCAGGAUGAAUGGCCGCACAGUGGGGAUUGUGGGAAACCAGCCGAAAGUGGCAUCCGGCUGCCUGGACAUCAACUCGUCCGUGAAGGGGGCUCGCUUCGUGCGCUUCUGCGAUGCCUUCAACAUUCCCAUCAUCACCUUCGUGGACGUGCCAGGGUUUCUGCCAGGAACGGCUCAGGAGUACGGCGGCAUCAUCAGGCACGGGGCGAAGCUACUUUUCGCGUUCGCCGAAGCCACUGUUCCGAAGAUCACCAUAAUCACCAGAAAGGCCUACGGAGGAGCGUAUGACGUGAUGAGCUCCAAGCACCUCCGUGGAGAUGUGAACUACGCGUGGCCUUCUGCCGAGGUGGCAGUGAUGGGUGCCAAGGGUGCCGUUCAGAUCAUCUUCAGGGGUAAGGAGAACCAGGCCGAGGCGGAAGCUGAGUAUGUGGAGAAGUUUGCCAACCCCUUCCCCGCAGCUGUCAGAGGCUUUGUGGAUGACAUCAUCCGGCCGUCAGCCACCCGUAAGCGGAUCUGCCGGGACCUGGAGGUGCUGGCCAGCAAGAAGCAGACCAACCCUUGGAAGAAGCAUGCGAACAUCCCCCUGUAAUUGGGAUGUGCUGCUGGACUGCCAGUGAACUCUGGAAGUUAUUCACAUUAACUGUAUUGAAAAAAAAAAUCUAAUAAAGUUUUUAAAUAACUGCUCAUUACCGUGA